AUGACGGUCAGUCAUCGCAAGAACAAGCCCGCACCAAAGACCGAAGAUGGCUCCACCUCGGCCGCAGCCGAGCCCGGUGUGCGCUACCAUUGCGAUGCCUGCGGUGCUGACAUCACGCUCACCGUCCGCAUACGGUGUGCAGGCGGCUGCACCGACUUUGACCUCUGCGCUUCCUGCUUCUGUUCCGGUGCGCAACCGGGCAAGCACAGGGCGUGGCACGACUACCGCGUGGUGGAGCAGCACGCCUAUCCCAUCUUUUGCGACGAUUGGGGUGCGGACGAGGAGCUGCUCCUCAUAGACGGCUGUCAGACGUAUGGGCUGGGCAACUGGGCCGACAUUGCAGAUCACAUCGGCAACCGCACCAAGGAGGAGGUGCAGGAUCACUACAUCAAGGUCUACGUUGAGGGUCGCGAUGGAACUGAUCGGGGCGAGCAGCGGGCCGGACAAGCUAUGCAGCGGUACAGUCACGUCGCAAAGCCUGUGUUUGAUCCGCUCGUGGACGACGAGGGGACGGGAAGUCGUGUAGCAUGCCAACUCACAACAGAAGAACCACCGGUCGUCGGACCUUCCAUGUCGUUCACAUCCUCAAUAUCGCUAGAAGAGUUUCAGCGUCGCAAGAGGCGGCGUGUCGAGACGCUUCGAGAAGCGCAAGCUUCCUACUCGCCUCCCAAAUCAGCCAAGCCGCUCGUCAGCGCACCCACAAACCAUAGCGAGCUGGUCGGGUUCAUGCCCGGUCGACUCGAAUUCGAGCACGAGUACGAACAGGACGCGGAGCACCUUAUCAAGGACAUCGAGUUUGGUCGUGUCUACGAAUUCGGUGGCGCCGACAUGCCGUCCGAAUGGGAGGCAUUGGGCAGCAAAGCGACGCAAGGACAUGCCAGGAUGGAAGCCAGCGGUCGUGGUGGACCCACCAGCAAAAAGGCGACGCAGAACGCCGAAGACGACAAGGACGGCAACGCCGCCACCGCUGCGGACGAAGAAGCAGAAGAGCAGUCGGCAGCAGAUGCAAAGGAGAAGGAGAAGGACAAAGACAAGGAUGCCGAGCCAGAAGACAAGCCGUUCGACUGGGACGAAGAUCCUACCGACCUGCAUCUCAAACUCACCGUCAUCGACAUGUACAACGAGCGUCUCGAUCGACGUUUGCGGCGCAAGCACUUCAUGUUUGAACGCAAUCUCGUCGACUACCGUCGUAACCAGGCAGCGGAACGACGACGACCCAAGGAGGAGAAGGAGCUGCUCUCGAGGACCAAGCAUUUCGCCCAGAUGCAGACCGCACUGGACUACGAGGAUUUCCUGAAUGGCUUGUGCUACGAAGAGGCGUUGCGCAAAGCAGCGGCGCAGCUGCAGCACUAUCGCAAGAUGGGUAUCGUGACUUUGGACGAUGCGAGCAGCUACGAACGUGAAAAGGCGGAGCGCGCACGUAGGGCAGCCGAGCUGGCAGCAGGUGGCUUGGCGGCAUUCCCGGCGUCGGGAGCGGCGGCGACGCCCAUCUCGGCGUCUGCUCGACCCCGCAUCGACGCCGCGCGCGCACGACAGCGCGAAACGAGCACGCCCACGCCCAUGGAAGAGACACUGGCAGCAGCCUCGACAACAUCCACCGCCUCGGCAGUCGCCGCAGUCAACGGCAAAGACGCCAAAAAGGACAAGGACGGCAAAGCCGACAAGGACGGCAAAACGGACAAGGAUGGCAAGGGCAAGAAGGGUGGUGCUGGUGAAGAGCCAAAGACGCCGCGCAAACCGCCUCAACCGCUCAACCUCGCCAAGGCACCCUCGCUCAGCCUGCUCACGCCUGCCGAAGUGCAGCUCUGCUCUGCGCUGCGCAUCCUGCCGCAACCAUUCUUGCUGAUCAAAUCGACGCUGAUCGCCGAGUUCAUCGCACGCGGUGGCAAGCUGACGCGCCGCGAGUGCCGUACGCUGGUCAAGAUCGACGUGAACAAGCUAGGCAAGGUGUGGGACUUCUUCAACGAGAUGGGCUACUUUGACGCUGCGCGGGAGGCGGGCUGGACGGGCGGGAUCGGCUCGCCGCCGAGGAGCAAGGAGAGGGAGGUCAAGAAGCCGAGUUGGUUGGAGGGGAACAUGGCUAUGAGUGCGAGCUAUUCGUUUGCUGCUCCUGGUGCGGGUGUGAACGGUGUGGCUGGAUCGGCGCCGCCGACGGUGGUGAAUGGAUCGGCGGGGAGUAGCGGUGGAGGCGGAUUGUUCGGGAGGGCGUUUGGAGGUGCGGCGGGGACCGGGAAUGGAGGAGGAUUGUUUGACCUAGCUCACUCGAGCAGCGGCGUCACUUCGGCGCAGCAUCAGCAGGCGCUUCUGAAUCACAACGGAAGGGGCGCACCGCUCGUCUCGAUCCCCGGAACCGCGAACGGUGUUCAUACCAGCAACAACAUCAGUGCCAGCAACAGCAGCAACGGCAACAAUGGCGGUGGCGGCAGUGGUGCAUCGUCCAACAUGGCGACCGGCAGAGCUGGAUCGCAGAGCCCGAGCAAGGCGGAAAAGUAUCGACCUACGGCUGCUGUUUGA